AUGCAUUACCAACUGCUGGCAUGUCUUUUCUCUCCUCUCCUCAGCAUCGUCCACGCCGGGUUUCCCCCUGAGCCACAGGGAGUCACCAUCCAGCAGCUCAAACACCUCCCAGGCGUUUCAAUCUCCUACAAAGAAACGCACAUCUGCGAAACGCAAGCACAGGCCUGGGCCGGAUACGUCCACCUGCCUUCCACGCUCCUGGAAGACAUCGAGUCUGCUGAGCCAUACAAUGUCUCCAUGUUCUUCUGGUACUUCGAGGCGCGGAACAACCCACAGAAUGCCCCCACCACGCUCUACCUGGCUGGGGGUCCGGGCGAUUCGUCAGUAGGAGGUGCGGUGCAGGAUGGUGGACCAUGUAUGAUCCUUAGCGAUGCGAAUACUACAGUCAACAACCCGUGGUCUAUGAAUACGAACGUCAACAUGCUCUACGUGGAUCAACCGGUUGGCACUGGCUUCUCAUACACGGCGCGCGUGAACGCUACGCUCAACCAGCUGUUCCUUGGCUCUCCCCCCACCGAAACCGGCAUCACACCCUUUGCAGCAUACGGCGGACAUGUGCCAUCGGAGAAUGGCACCUUCAUGUAUGGCACAUUCUCCGAACAAAAUCCGGAAAAGACGGUCAACAAUACAAUGAGCGCCGCAAAGACGCUGUGGCACUUCUGUCAAGCAUGGUUCUCUUCCUUUCCAGAGUACACCACGACCGACAAGAACCUCAACCUCUUUGGCAAUUCGUAUGGAGGUUAUUGGGUGCCCGCUACUGCCCAGUAUAUCGUUCAGCAAAACAACGCCAUCAAAGCUCUCAAGUGCAAUGGCACCGUCAUCCCCGUGGACACCGUCGGUUGGACGAACGGCUGCGUAGACGAACUCAUCCAGGGCGAGUGGUAUCCGGAACAGGCGUACAACAACACCUACAACCUCCAAGUCAUCCCCGAGCAGGCGUACAAAGAAGCUACAAACAACUUCACCAGACCCGGCCGCUGCGCCGAUCUUAUCAAAGAAUGUCGAGCCCUCGGCGACAAGCUGGAUCCCAACUACUUCAGCACAGACGCAAAGGUCAACAAGCUCUGCGUUGAAGCGCUUGAGUAUUGCUUCGUCUACGUCCUCGGUGCAUACAAUGUCUUCAGCAACCGCAGUGUGUUCGACAUGGCGCAUCUUGACCCAGAUCCGUUUCCCACCAGUUACUGGAACGGCUUCUUCAACCGCGAAUGGGUGCAAGCUGAGUUAGGAGUGCCGGUCAAUUUAACCGCGUACUCCCUCCUCGUAAACAACGUCUUUCUCUAUCAGACUGGGGAUGCUGUCCGAGUUGCAGGCCUGCAGAGCAUGGAGUAUCUCCUCGCACAGGGAGUUCGAGUAAACAUGAUAUACGGAGACAGAGACUAUCGGUGUCCCUGGAAUGGAGCGGAGAAGCUGAGUUUGGCGGCGCAAUGGAGUGGAGCAGAGGACUUUGGAAAAGCAGGGUAUGAGUACGUCGAAACUAACAAUACCUACAAGGGAGGGAUGGUAAGGCAGCACGGGAAUCUAGCGUUUACGCGGGUGUUCGAAGCAGGUCAUGACGCCUACGCCUACCAACCAGAGACCGUCUUCCAGCUCUUCAACCGCUUCAUCUUCUCCAAGGAUGUGGCGACGGGCACGCAGACAGUCUCCAGCAACUACAGCACGUCAGGCCCAAGCAGCACUUUCGGGGUCAAAGACAAGCUGCCGCCGCCCCCGCCGUUCAAUUGCAAUCUUUACAAUGUCAUCGGGUCGUGCACCAUUCAGCAGUACGAGGCACUCCAGAACGGGACGGCGAAGGUGGUGGAUUUCAACAUCGUUCGGCCGGCAGGAGGGUCGCCGGGGAGCUUGGCCGGGCUCGAGUGA